GCGCCCCCGGGGCCGUCAUCGCGGUCGGGGCUCGACCGACGACGGAGCAUCCGACGCGGCACUCGCUCCGCGUUCGAUUCGCUUCGGAAGAGGGGCUGGAGUCGAUCGAGGCGGUGGGAACCUCGGGCGACGUGGGGCGGCGGGUAGCACCGCGAGUAGGGUGCCGAGCCAUCGUCGUCGCGUCGAGUUUGUCGCUCCGUCGCUUCGUCGCUCGUCUCUCGCGCCGCGACGAUGGGUUUCGAUAAGCCGAACCCGAUAUCGCUCGGGCUCCCCGCCGAGCACGUCAGCAAGUGGGCCGUCGACACCCACGCGUUGGAGCGGCACGUGGCGCGGAUGAACGCAGCCAACGCGUCGCAGCGUGAUGGCGCGGCGAGAUCGGCGGGGGGGGCGGGCCAGGGCGCCGACGGCAGGCUCCGCCCGUACGCGUACAAGAUGCCGUACGUCACCGUCAACGACCUGAAGAAACGGAGCAAGGGAUGGCGCGAGUUCCUGUGCACCGACUUCCUCUCCAAAUCCUACGGCUUUCCCCGCGGCUACGUCGACGCCAAGAGGCGACUGGACAGCAACGCCUUCGAGUACCUGGGAAACUACCGCGCGGUGGUCUUUUUCAUCUUCGCAGCCGUGCUCUACAACAAGCCGCUGGCGCUCGUGGGCGGGCUCGCGCUCGUGCGCGUGUGGGACUGGGUGGAGGGCGACGGGCGCGAGGACCGCGAGGGCGCCGCGUACAGGUUCAAGUACCUCGUGGCGUGGAUACUCUCGUGGGCGGUUAUGUUCUACUCCAACGUCACCUUGGCGGCGAGUUACGGAACUCUGAUAAGUACGAUAGUGUGCGUCACGCACGGGGUGAUGAGACGGACGGACGCGCCGAAGCCGUGCUUUAGGAGCUCGCCGAGGAGGCGGGAGGCGGACUUGGGCGGGAGGAGGUUGCCGCGGGGGGAGGAUCGCCGGCGAACCGCUUAAGUUUCGUGUCUUAGUUUUUAGUCUUGUCUCGCGUCUUCUCAAACGG